UCCUCCACGCGCUCCACUGAUCAUGACGCAAAAUCAGUUCACGCACGCACACGUGCCCUGCAGCUCCCGCAAGUUGCAUCCCGCAGGAUGAGAGAAAUGGCUCCGGUCGCAAUCAAGCGCGUUUUGAUAAGCGAAAGUGUGGAUCCGUGCUGCAAGAAGAUUUUGCAGGAAAAUGGAAUUGAAGUGAGUGAAAAACCCAAUAUGAGCAAAGAUGAGCUGAAAGCGCAGAUUAAGGAUUUUGAUGGUCUGGUUGUCCGGUCAGCUACCAAAGUGAGCGCUGACGUCAUCGAAUCCGCCGGCAGCUUGAAGCUGAUUGGACGAGCUGGAACGGGCGUGGACAACGUGGACGUGGAGGCGGCCACCAAGAAAGGGAUAAUUGUCAUGAACACUCCAAGUGGCAACACAAUCAGUGCUGCUGAACUGACCUGUGCCCUUGUGAUGAGUUUAUCAAGAAAUGUUCCACAAGCUGCUAUGUCAAUGAAGGCAGGAAACUGGGAUCGUAAAAAGUUCAUGGGUGCAGAGUUGUACGGCAAAACCCUUGGAAUAAUUGGACUUGGAAGAAUCGGGAAAGAGGUGGCCACUAGAAUGCAGUCUUUUGGGAUGAGGACCAUUGGUUAUGACCCCAUUACUCCUCCAGAGGUGUCUAAGAGCUGGGGGGUGGAGCAGAUGUCUCUGGAGGAGCUCUGGCCCCAGUGUGAUUACAUCACCGUGCAUACGCCCCUCAUGCCCUCCACUACAGGAUUACUGAAUGAUGCCUCAUUUGCUAAAUGUAAGAGAGGUGUGAAGGUGGUGAACUGUGCCCGCGGAGGCAUCAUUGAUGAAGCUGCUUUGCUAAGAGCUCUGGAGUCUGGGCAGUGUGGAGGAGCAGGAUUGGAUGUGUUUGUAGAGGAGCCUCCUAAAGACCGGGCCCUGGUGAACCACCCUAAUGUGAUCAGCUGCCCACAUCUGGGAGCCAGCACAAAGGAGGCCCAGGCUCGCUGUGGCCAGGACAUUGCACUGCAGAUUGUGGACAUGGUCAAAGGCAAAGCAUUAGUGGGAGCGGUGAACGCACAGGUUCUGGCUAGCACCUUUACCCCUGAGUCUCAGCAAUGGAUCAGGCUGGGUGAGGCCUUGGGCAAAUUGCUGAAGGCCUGCAACUCUACUAAACAGCCCUACGACCAAGUCCACAUCACCACACAAGGAGAGUGUUUGAAGAAAUCAGCUGAGUUUCUGAGCUCAGCAGCUGUUGUUGGAUUGAUGGCUGAAAGCUCUGAGAAUGGCCUUAACCUGGUGAAUGCUCUCACGCUAGCGGAAGAGACAGGAAUUACAAUUAAAAAAGGCCACAGUGAUGGGAAUGACGCUAAAGCCACCUGCAUGUUGGAAGCCUCUGUGAAUAGCAGUGUUUAUAAAGCUUCAGGCACGGUGCAGACCACAGUGCCAGUCCUUCUGGAGCUGAACGGCAGUGUGUUCAGGCAGCCAGUGCCUCUCUCUGGAAACCUGUUGUUUUUCAGGGCUGCAACUUCACCUCAGCUCCUGCCCUCUGUUACCGGUGUGCUGGCAGCGGCGGGGGUCGAGAUCGAUCACUUCAGUGCCUCCAGUGCCUCUGGUGGUGAUCAGUGGUACUGCGUGGGGGUUCCCUCUGUGCUGGAAGACCUCAGCACUCUCAUGCCCCUGGUGAAAGAGGCAGCACAACUUGCUGUUUAAGUUCCUGCUAACUGGAUGUUGGUGGGAAUUUUCUGUAACAUUCCAAUGUCUUACAUUCUAAGUAUUCAAAGAGUUUUCCAGUCCUGGGGAUUCCCUGCAUAAUGGAUCCAGCUCAUUACUGCAUUUUUAAUCUAACCUCUGUCCUUUGCAUCUGUAACAUUAAGUAAUUACUAUAGACAAGAACAGUUCUCAUUAACAUUUGCUGACAUUCCAAAGCUGGUUUUAGGCUUCCACUGUAAGUGAUAAGGGAAAUGUAUUGAAAUGAUUGGUUGUGAUAAUAUGCUGCUGAUGCUACAGAAGGAUUUUAGGUUGAAAGUAUGUUGAAAUGAUCAUUUAACCGUUUCACAAAUUGGGGUGGGUGUGUUGGGAGCAAACCCUGAAAUCGUGGAAUCCCUAGAAUUGGAGAUAAGUAAUCUUGAUCUAACACAAACAUAGCUUACUCUUAGUGCACAGGUUCCCAACCCUGGUCCUGGAGUACCCCCUGUCCUGUACAUAUUAGUGUUUUCCCUGCUCUAACACACCCACUUCAAUUCAAGAAAGGCUGUUAAUUAGCUGAUUAGUUGAUUGAGUUGUGUUGGGAACAAGGAAAACAAAUGUACAGGACAGGGUCUACUCCAGGACCAAAGUUUGGAACCUGUGUUAGUGCAAUAUAGAAUUACUGUGAUAAGCUUAAAACUCAGUUUAAGUACCAGGCAGCGAGAGUUUGUCAGUGUAGUGGUUUGUAAGCUACAUUUGAAUUUUCUGAACCACAUUAAAUAGAACUGCUACUAACAAGACUAAGCAGUGAUAUUUUUCUAGCAAAGCGGUUAGUAAAAGGAUGAAUGGAUGGAUGGAUGGAUGUAUGAUACUUAAUUGAUUCCUCAGACUCAGUCCUGGAGGACUGGAGUCUUGCACAAUUUGAUUUCCCUGAUUAAAGACAAAUUAUUCACGUCAUCAGUUAAUUAACAGUCUUGGUAGGUGUGUUGGAGUAGAAAAAUCACUGCCCUGCUUGAAUCUAGUCUCUCCAGAACAGGAUUUGGGGAAACCUAAGCUACAAUUUCACAUGACAUUAAGCGGGGUGUGUAAAGGCCUCAGCUUGGGUUACAGUCUGUGUGGAAUUUUGCAUUUCCGUUUGCCUUCAUAUGGGUUUUUUCUGGGUUCUCUGGUUUCCUCCUACCUCCCAAAAUCAUGCCAGUAGGUGAAUUGGCUACUCUAAAUUGCCCCUAGGUCUGAGUGUGUGUGUGUGUGUGUGUGUGUGCGCGCGCAGGGUGCCAGGGUGUAUUCCCACCUCACACCUAGGAUAGGCUCCAGAUCCACCACGAUCCUGGCCAAGGUAAAGCACUUGAAGGAAAAGAAUGAAUGAAUGAAUGAAUGAAUGAAUGAAUGAAUGAUUCAACUCAACAGUUUAUUAAUAGACUUGAUGUGAUGGUGUAGAAAAUCUCCACACUGCUCGAGUCCAUUUCACCUGACAUUAAGCUGGUUUUGUAAUAGGUUUAACUAAUGUAGAAAUGUUAAACACUACCUAGUUGAACAAGCAGCUCAUUUGUACUUAAAAAAUGUGGAUUGUGAAUGAUUAAAAGCAAUAUGACAAGUA